AGAAUUUCGCUAAGGAGGUUGAAAGCGUAUAUCUGUCCCUGCUGGUGAUGCUCGGGCCGAAAUGCACUUUUGGGACGCGUUAACGGCGAGAAUCAGUAGAAAAUAUGGUGGUUUUAUCUGAUGCAGACGGAGAUAUUCUGCAGGACGGAACAAGACGUUAAUGCGUGUUUCUGGAAGCUUCCUGCAUUUUUUUUUUUUACCACCAUCGUCGUUGACAUAACCGCGGUGACAUUUCACAAAUCGACAAGGUGGUGCGAUAAAGGCUCGAAUGUUCCCCACCACGCCAGUGUGAGCACCUGCUAGAUGUCCUGCUAGAUGUCCUGCUACGCUGCUCGACCCUCGGCUGCCUUUUCGAUAAAUACAGGAUUUCAUCACCGUUCUGCGUGAUUACCUGAUCUUCAUAUAUGACACAAUGUAAGGUUUGACAAUGGCAGUGUGACCCAUAUUCUAUGGAGAUCAAAACACCUGGGCUUACUGCCAUGGGUUUAGGUGUGCCUGAAUUCCAGGGCUGCCAGAACAGCAAGCUGCAGGCUGAGAGGAUCUCGAACCUGCAGGAGAAGAAGCGAUGUCUGCAGACUCUUUUAGGCUGUAGACAAAAGGAACUACGACAAGUGUGUCUGCUGGAGGCAGAACUGACAGGAAAACUUCCAUAUGACUUUCCACUGGAAGUGGGUGAACAGCCCCCGGUUGUUCAACGAAGAGCUGGAAAGGCAUUUGAUGCGACUUCAAAGUUGGAGGAUGACCUGGGCCAUCGAAAACAGGUGAAGACUGGUUUCAGUGGUGCUCUCCAUCAAAGUAUCAAAUCAGACAAAAACAUUUUACAUAACAAGAGGACUGCUCACCGUGGAUGUCACACAGACAACUUCUCGUCCAGUGUGGUAUCCAAGCAUCGCUCACUUUCUCACCCUCGCCUGGCCUCUAGCAGUCCUGAUAGCUGCAUGUGUAAGACUUUGUCUCCAGUGGAGAUUUACUAUGAGAUGAAAGCAUGCCAGAAUGCUCCCUCUAGCUCUAUCAGCCCAAGUCAUUCCCUGACAAGAAGUGCAUCUAAUGAGGAUAGCAGAAGUGUUCCAGCUACUCCUGUACCAUCUCAAAGUACGCCAGUCUGCGUUCAUGUGAGGUCCUAUAUGUCUGGUGAUAUAGCACUAAAGCAAUGGGACGGAAGUGCAGAUGUUUCUCAGUUUGUUCCAAUGGCAUCUCUGGAAAGUUUCUCCUCAGAACCUACAAGUUAUACAUACAACUCUCUUGCCCGUCGCAGUAACAGCUCUGACGCAUUGCUUGACCGUUCUUGCCAUCCUCAGCUAGUGGCUUCCCGAAAUGUCUUGCCCCCAAGAACUGGACGUUAUAAGAGCUCAGAGUCCUUGACUGACAACAAGUUGAGGCACAUGUACCAUGGGAGCCCAGAGAGGCAGCUGGCUGGAUCUAAAGAACAAGGCCAUAUGCCUUUAUUGAUUAACAAAGGAAGUGGGGCAGGCUACAGUGAGACAUGUAUGGACUGUAUGAGAACGCUACAAAAGAGACCAGUUCAGUCACAACAACACUUUUCAGAUCACAUAUGGCCUAACCUUUCUGCUGUUCCCAAAUCUGGGACCUCAGCUCAUUGCAAUGUUUUUCCUCAUUCCCAGAUGCAAGUAGCCUCUGCCACACCUUCAUACAGCCCCGCAUUUGCGCCGAAUUACCAAACUAAACCAUGCCAAGCCAAAGUCACACGAACAAAAUCCUGUGGGCCCUUUACUCCUCUCCAGCAGCACACCUUAGACCAUUUAAUAGCAUAUGCACAUGAGCCUACCAACCUUUUAUCCAGCUCCACUUCUUCAUCCUUUCCAAAUCUACUGCACCACCAAACAGAGAUGCCCAAUUCCCAAGUCACUUUCAGUAGCAAACCUGGACCCUUCUCCCUCCCUGCCAUUGAUGACUCUGCCCGGAGCCUACACAAGGCUCUUGCAUUGGAGGGACUCUGGGACUGGUAUCUAAGGAAUGCACUAGGUUACCCCACUGCGGCCAGAGGACAAGAUGGUGUUCGCUUGCGCACCCCCCUUCACCUGGUGAAAUUGCCAUGGUCUGUCCCGCUGGGCCCACUCUACUCGCUCCCACAGAUUCCCCAGUUGACAUCCUUUCAUGGGCACCCACUGCAUGGCAGGUAUGUGGAGCUCUCUCAAUACUCGGAGCACCUAGCCUUCAAGGAAACUGCUCAGAAGGAAUCUAGCUUAGAUCCCCCUUCCUCUGGAACCCUGGUAUAAUUUAAAGAUGCAUUAAAUAUAAUAUCUACAAUAUGCUAUUUAAAACCAUAAGUCUGUAUGUAUUUUUUUAGA